AUGGAAGAGCGAGAUCAACAAAGCAAAGCUGUAGGAUAAAUGGAUUUCGAUACAUCUGAUGUAGAUUCCGACAAUGAUGAUGUCGCCGAUGAUAUUCGCACUAAAUCUGGUUCAUCCUAUGAUUCAGAAUAUCAGCGUUCUAAAUCACCAUACAGAUACAAUGAUCGAUCAUCAACAUAUGAAAAAAAUCCAUACUAUCGUUAUCGACCACAUCCACCUCGUCAUGGUCAAGCUCCUAUUUGGCUGUUACCUUUGUCUGAAUUAUCAGAUCCAAAUGCAGCAAUUACAUUUUUUCUGGCUCUAAAACAAAAUCCAAAAGCAGUGCAAAAAUUGGAAAGAAUAUUCUGGAAAAUCACCGAUCCCGACAGUAGUGAAUAUCAGAAAUGGUUGACGCGUUCAGAAAUUAACAAAAUUCUGACACUCGAUAGUAAAAUUUUGAGUGCAGUUAAACGAUUUUUGCGCAAACAAUCGUUUACAUCUGUGGAAUUAAUUGGAACUGAUGUAUUUGCGAUUAAGACGACAAUUCGACAAGCAUCAGAAUUUUUUUCAGCUCAAUUUCGUCCCUUUAAAAAUACCAAGACAGGAAGAAUUACCCAUCUAGCUCAAGGCGAAAUGUGUUUGACAGAUGAAAUUAGUCAAUAUGUUGAUUUCUGGCUUGAUUUCAUCGAUGAUCCAUUUAAUAACAGAGAACCUACCAAUCCAUCUAAAAAACUUACUGUCUUUUCAAGUGAUGCAAAUGCUACGGAUACAGUAACUACUCAAAAUAUUCCUAUACUUGUUCCUCAAUUUGUUAAACCGUAUUAUAACAUUCCAGAUGUCUCGAAAACUGGUUUAGAAUCAGAUGUUUCACAAGGAGCAUUAGAAUUUGGAGGUCAGUUCUAUAGUGAACAAGAUUUAGAGAAAUAUUUGCAACUGAUGAACAUACCGUCCAACCUUCUUGAAUCAAACCAUAUUCUGGGUAUUAACGAUCCAUCGAAUCCAGGUCUCGAGACAAUGUUAGAUAUUGAACAAAUGGUGGGAAUAAAUCCUUUGGCUGAAACUUGGUAUUUCAACGAUGACGUGAAGAACAUAAGUAGUGAUGGUAUGUUUAUAAAGAUACUUACAAUAAAUGAAUUGGAUGAUCUGCCACAAAUUCUGUCCAUUUCGUAUGGUAGGCCUGAAGCAAAUGUAUGUGCAGGUGUUACCAACUGUGAUCAAAACGUCGUGGAUCUGAAUAAAAGAUUUACUAUUCGUGCAAAUAUUGAAUUUAUGAAGCUGACAAUGAGAGGUAUUACAGUUAUAGUCGCAACUGGUGAUGAUGGAGUAAAUGAUUUUUAUGCAGAUUGUACAAAUACAAUGUUCAAUCCCAUAUAUCCAGCCUCUUCACCUUUCGUAACAUCAGUUGGUGCAACUACAUUAGUUAAUGUACAGUACAACGUAUUGCAAGAUCAACCACCAGCUUGUACUGCGUUCAAUCCACCGCUCGUGUGUGUAUCUGGUGGAGAUGAAAUCGCUGUUAGUGUUUAUGAUCCUCUUUUCGCUAAGUAUACUAGUGGGGGUGGAUUUUCAAACUUUGCUCCUCAACCACCUUAUCAAAAAGCUGCUGUUUAUGAUUACUUUAAAAAAACAUCAGUGGUGUUUCCUCCACCAUCAAUGUACAAUCGAUAUGGACGGGCUUAUCCAGAUGUAGCUGCAUUUGGUGUAAAUACUUUCGCUGUGGUAAAUGGUACUAAUGGUUUAGUUUCUGGUACAAGUAUAUCGGCACCACUGUGGGCUGGUAUUGUCUCAAUUCUCAACUCUCGUUCAAUAAAAAUAACAGGUAAAACAUUAGGCUUUCUCAAUCCAUUGCUCUACAAGAUGGCCAAAGAAUGUCCAGAAUGCUUGAACGAUAUAACAGUUGGAAAUAACAAAUGUACACGAACAGUUUGCACAGAUCAGUGUAAAGGUUUUCAAGCUGCAUGUGGUUGGGAUCCAGUUACAGGGCUUGGUACUCCAAACACUAGAAAUAUUUUGCAGUAUAUAACAGAAUUAUUGAAAAAGAAAAUGAAGAAAACAGAAUACAACUAA